AUGUCUUUCUUCUUGAAUGCAUUUAAGUCCACCCUCGCACUUGUCGGACUCGCCACCCCACAAGUCGAAACCUCAACCACCGCUGCGCCCACCUCCAGCAAUGCCGUUCCUUCUGGUGAGUAUAGCCUCUCACCACCUUUUUCAAUUGACUAUUCAGCCGAGGAUCCUUCUUUCACCUUGGACUUUGCCAAACAGGCCCCGGUACCUACAAAUAUCGGACACAUUCUCACCGGAAUCCUCCGGCCCGGCCUUAGGCCCUCCACUGUCGUUGACCGCAUGCAAAUCCACGGAUUUCCAAGGACACUGGAAAAUUGGAAGGUUUGCCCUUCCGCCCCACUCUCAUUCAAGUUCAAGAAGGUAAAAGCACAAAAGAAGGUACACUUCAGGGAAUACUACGGGAAAAACUUCCACCAAUACCGUCCAUUCGACCCAGAGGAACCAGCUGACUCCUGGAUCCCUUACGAUGAUGCUAUCCUGCAUCAACCCAACCAGACUCCUGGAAUAGAGAUGGUAGGCGAAUGGACCUGUUCCAUUUGCAAGAGACCCUGGUGCAACACAGGAAACCACCAGACCAUUCCAGGAUAUCCGGGAUGGGAAUACCGAGACCCGCCCCUGCCCUGCCCCGAACACCCAUCGCCCCUUUCUUUUAGGAAACCCGAGCCCUUUUAUGGAUUGGCUCUCUCCCAGAGGGAGCUAAUCUACCGCAGCAAUCCCAAAUACAAGUUCCCUUACAUUCUACACGGAGGCCUCAUCAAUCCACCUACCUGGGAUUUAGAGGAUGACUCGGAGGAUGAGAGCGCUAGGCUAGGCGAUCUCAAUCUCUGA